AUGUCUGUGCAGCCGGUUUCUUCUUCCCAGCUCGACAGCCUAGUUCAAAAGGCUACAAGCGAGUCCAUUCCACACGGAGCAGUUGACUUGACCAUCGCGCUAGAGGUUUCCGAUGUCAUCAAAUCACGGAGAAUUGGGUCGAAAGACGCGAUGCGCUGUCUCAAAAAACGCAUUGCCUCUACAAAAUCUAAUCCAAACACCCAGCUGGCGUCUUGGACGCUCACGGAAAUGUGUAUAAAGAACUGUGGGACGGGGCUGAUCCGUGAAAUAUGCUCACGCGAGUUCAUGGACUCUCUGGAGCACACUAUCCUGGAUAGUGAGGACAACGAAGAGCUGGAACGGAUAUGCAAGGGCAUCUUGCAAGGUCUGAACACGGCUUUCAAAAAUGAUUCUCAGCUCGGAUACGUUUCCAAAGUAUAUCAACGUCUGGUGUCAAGAGGCGUUGAAUUUCCACCAAGCUCUACUAGCGAUUUGGAGUUAGCCCAAGCUAUGUUUGACUCGAAAACACCGGCAGAUUGGGUUGAUUCCGAUGUUUGUAUGAUCUGCUCGACCAGGUUCACACUCCUCAACAGGAAACAUCACUGUCGUUCGUGUGGGGGCAUUUUCUGCCAGGAGCAUUCUUCUAAUAACAUUGCGUUACCUGAUCUAGGAAUCUACGAUCCCGUACGUGUGUGUGACGACUGUUUUAGCGAAUAUGACUAUAAAAGGCAAUCAGACAAGAAGAAAGCUCCGAAAAGGUCAAGGCGUCAUUCCAAGAGGUCUUCUCAAAGCGCUCAGGAUCAGGAAGAUGAGGAACUUAGAAGGGCGAUCGAAAUCUCGCUGCGAGAGUCUCGUGGAAAUGACACGUUUGUUCCCGCAGUUCCAGCCCCGCCAUCAAAACCCAAAAGUCCAAUCCCCGCUACAGAGGAAGACCAGGAUGAAGAUCUGAAAGCCGCAAUCGAGGCUAGCUUACGCGAGGCUGAAGAGCAAAAAAAGCGGCAGGAAUCAGUCUCCUCCAACUCAUUUUAUGUUCAGCGAGAAAGUCCACGUCCCUCUUACGAACUGUCGGCUUCUGAGGAAGACGACAUCUAUUUGUUCGCUACACUCGUGGAAAAAAUGAAAUCACAACCACCCUCAGCUGUACUAGAAGAUGUACAGCUCCAGCAGCUUUAUCGCAAAGUCAUGGGUAGUGCACCCAAGCUUAAUUACGGUCUGAACGACACUUCACAGAAAUACAACAAGCUUCUCGAUGUGAACAGCAAAAUAUCAGACAUCACAAACAUUUACGACUCUCUUCUCGAGAAGCAAUUGGAGGCUAUUAACCUGAACCAGCAGUACACACUCCCGCAAAUUCCUUCCGACCCUUACGCUUACUACAACGUUGCCCAGCAAGAUAAUUCCACAGUACAUCAGCACCCUUAUGCAAAAGAGACCCCAAUACCAAAUGUGACUAGAAGUCCAGAAGUAGUACCAAGCAGCAUUUCGACACCUAUUCCUCAAUUCCAGGAAACCCGAGUGGGGCACAACCAGGGGCCAAACUAUGCGGACGAUUUACAAGGGGUUUCUUUGGGAUCUCCUCAGUCCAAUGGUAAAGUAUUAGUACAGCAACGACCCUAUCCGGACGACAUACAAGACCUAACCAAUGUGCCUUCUGAGCCGAAUUACGAAGCAACUGACUUAGACCUGGAGAAGUCUCAAAAAACCCCAUAUCCAGCCGACGAGGAAAAUGUCGAGCAAAAUGAAGCCAAGACUUCAGCCAAGGAUGGUAGUAAAAUAACCAACUUUGAUUUCCCGACGGUUCCUGUUCAUCAUCCACCAGUAAAAGAGCAGCAACCGGCACAUGUAGAGAACACGCAGGACCGUGAAGAACUGCUUAUUGAAUUAUGA